GUUGCUCAUUGUUCUUACGGCUCUCGGUUGAACUUCAUGGCGCCAACAACUCAGGUAUUGCUUAAAGAGAGCUCACAUGUGAGAACCAUCAUACUAAACAGGCCCAAGCAACUGAAUGCGCUUUCACUUGAAAUGGUAUCUCGUCUCUUGGAACUCUUUCAUGCCUACGAGGAGGAUCCCAAUGUCAAGCUGAUAAUUUUGAAGAGUGAAGGAAGGGCUUUCUGUGCUGGUGGCGAUGUUACAGCUGUUGUUAAGGAUAUUAAUAAAGGUAACUGGAAACUAGGGGCAAAGUUUUUUUCAACAGAAUUUACAUUGAAUUAUUUGAUGGCAACAUACACUAAACCUCAGGUGUCACUCCUUAGAGGAAUUGUGAUGGGAGGUGGUGGAGGCGUUUCAGUACAUGGUAGAUUUCGAGUUGCUACAGAUAAUUCGGUUUUCGCCAUGCCAGAGACUGAAUUAGGGUUAUUCCCAGAUGUAGGUGCCUCUUAUUACUUAUCAAGACUACCUGGAUUCUUUGGCGAAUAUGUGGGUCUUACAGGUGCUAGAUUGGAUGGUGCUGAAAUGCUUGCAUGCGGUCUUGCCACCCACUUUGUCCCAUUGGAGAAAUUAUCGUUAUUAGAAGAUGCAUUAUGCAAAGCAAAUACAGGCGAUCCAAAAAUUAUCUGCAGUAUUAUCAAUGAGUUCUCGGGCACUCCUAAGUUGAAGGAGAAGAGUCAAUACUUUCGGCUGAAAACUAUUAAUAGGUGUUUCUCUCGGAGAACGGUUGAAGAGAUUAUCUCUGCAAUUGAGAAAGAGGCUUCAAAAAACAUGGAUGAUUGGAUCACUUGGACUAUCCAGUCUUUGAAGAAAGCAUCACCAACAAGUCUCAAAAUUUCUCUUCGCUCCAUUAGAGAAGGGAGACUUCAAGGUGUUGGUCAAUGUCUAAUCCGUGAAUACCGAAUGGUUUGUACUGUCAUGCGAGGAGAGUUCAGCAGGGAUUUCUUUGAGGGAUGCAGGGCAUUGCUGCUAGACAAGGAUAAAAACCCAAAGUGGGAACCUUCAAAACUUGAGCUUGUGAGCGAUCAUAUGGUUGAUCAAUACUUUGCAGCAAAAGAUGAUGAAGAUUGGGAAGAUCUCAAACUCCCUCCCAGGUCAAACUUACCUUCACAUGCCAUUGCUAAACUCUGAGCUAUCAGUAAGAACUAAACCAUUUAUCUCCUCUAUGGUGUUAAUGGCCUCGUAAUUGUGAUGAUUAAUGUCAAAAGCAUAAUUAUUUAUACUGCUUAUUUGUAAUCAAACAAAAUUAAAUGAACCCAAAUGUAUCUAACUAGGAGAUAGGGUCUGGAGAGGGUAGGAUGUAUGCAAACUUACCUCUCCCCAAAGGGUAAUAAAAAUGUAAAUUUAUGACUACCCAAUUGGCAUUGUGUUCAAUCUAAAGCAUAUGCAGUUACAAAUUACUA